GAAAAGAGCAAAUGGAAUACUAUGGAAUGUUGUGGGACAAAGAUGUAUAACUACACAAGCCAAACAUGCUGCAACAACACUACUCUUAACGGUGAUCAGGGAUGUUGUCAAGGACAUACAUCUUACAUUCUGAAGGCCGAAGAAUGUUGUGAAAACAAGGUCAUCAACAGAUCCAAGGAGCUGUGUUGCAAAAACAAUAUUGUGACGAAGACGCAUCCUUCCCACUACAGAUGUUGCAACAUUAACCGUGCAUGGACAACCUACAACGAGUUUGAUCCUCCUAAAGAGUGUCUUUUGACACAUAUAAGAAAAACAUUGCGUAACAAUCCGACAAAAACAGGAAGAAGGUCGGGAGGGAAUCAAAUCGCAGAAAGUGAAACUACAGAGAGAAGCCCAUUAGAAGAAUGUCCGUUCACAGAAUGUUUUGAUAGGGAACAGAAACAACGUUCAACUUGCAAAAAGUUUUUUGAGAUGGACCUUUUUCUUGACGACGUAAAUUUUACGGAUGAUGGAUCAAAUCUUAACGUAACAAUUAUCCAGCCGGAUGAAUUUGUCAACAAGAAAGUCACAAUAGUGUUGCCAUACAUAUGUCCAUGUCUCGACAGUGGCCAUGUGUACACGCUAUUUACAAACAAGGGAUGGGUUAGAAAAUUGACAAUAGACGGAAAACUUGAAUUCACAAAAUUUCAAACAAUAAAGAAAAAUGAUUUUCUAGUAAGAAGAGGAAGUGGGGCGGACAAAUUUACAUGCACAAUUAGGCGAAAAUAUUCUGCUUUCUAUAAUUCGUGGAGAGCUUCACCAGUUCGUUGA